UCUGGCAACGACGUUCCAUGACUAAUGACGUCAGGGGAACCGCAAGCAGAGAGCACGAGCACUCACCACCUCCAAAUCAGCUGUGCCUCAGCUGCACAGCCCGCUUUGUUAUAUCAGAGCCAACAACACUGGAGAAACAUGCAAAACUGUAGGCGCUGCAUCCGCCUGCUGGGCGCAGUGCGGCAGCCUCACACACACAGCCUGCGUCCGUGCCUUUCGAUUGCUUCGGACUUUCGACGAAUGCACCGGUCGGCCCUUCAGUUUUCCCGGAAAAGGCCGGAGACGAAUGUGUCCGCGUUGUUUAAGCCGGUGCAGGUGCAGGCCAACGUUGACUCCGAGGACGUGGGCUCCGAGCUGGUGGGCAAACUGGAAAAGGCCGAGCUGCUAAAAAUCCUUAACAAGUUCACCCAACGCCGGGAAAUCAAAUCUCUUUGCAGUGAAAACGGGCUGGACGCCUACUUACAGCAACAGGCCUUCGGCUCUUUCCGAAGAUACUGCAUCGAAGCCGAGAACCUUCCUGUCGACCUGCACAUAACCUUCAGUGACAUUACGCAGGGAGCGGGCCACAUUGAUGACAUCUUCCCCUACUUCCUGCGCCACGCAAAAACCGUGUUUCCUCACCUGGACUGCAUGGACGACCUGAAGAAAAUAUCCGACCUGCGGCAGCCCGCCAACUGGUACAGCAACGCUCGCGCCAUCACCAGGAAAAUCGUGUUCCACGCGGGACCCACGAACUCUGGAAAGACCUACCACGCUAUGGAGAGGUACCUCAGUGCAAAGACUGGUGUUUACUGCGGCCCCCUGAAGCUCCUGGCCACGGAAGUGUACAAUAAGUCCAAUGAGCGCGGGACACCAUGCGAUCUAGUGACCGGCGAGGAGCGCAAGUUUGGCAUCAGCGAAAGCUCGCCAGCCAACCAUGUCGCGUGCACUGUGGAAAUGACAUCGGUCAACACUCCAUAUGAGGUGGCUGUAAUCGAUGAAAUACAGCAGAUCCGCGACCACCAGCGCGGUUGGGCCUGGACUCGUGCAUUCCUGGGGCUGAUCGCGGAUGAGGUGCAUGUUUGUGGCGAGCCAGGAGCCUUGGAUCUCUUGCAGAAGAUUUGCGAGACCACAGGUGAAACAGUUGAAGUGCGCCGCUACGACCGUCUUACGGAGCUUACCGUCGAAAGCACAGCCCUAGGCUCAUUGGACAACGUCGUGCCUGGCGAUUGCAUCGUUUGCUUCAGCAAACAUGAUAUAUACACGGUUUCACGAGAAAUCGAGGCACGAGGCAAAGAGGUAGCCGUAAUAUAUGGGGGACUGCCUCCUGGUACCAAGCUCGCCCAAGCCGCCAAGUUCAAUGAUCCCGCCAAUAGCUGCAAGGUAAUGGUGGCGACGGACGCCAUCGGGAUGGGCUUGAAUCUGAGCAUUCGUCGAAUCAUAUUCUAUUCCUUGAUCAAGCCGUCUAUGAAUGAGAAAGGAGAGCGUGAGAUCAAUACAAUUUCAGUUUCGUCUGCCCUUCAGAUAGCGGGAAGAGCGGGUCGCUUUCGCACACAGUGGGAGCACGGCUUUGUAACUGCCUUCAAGUCCGAGGACCUGCAGAUCCUGCAGCGCAUAUUGGCCCAGACACCUGAGCCGUUGAAGCAGGCGGGCCUGCAUCCCACUGCCGAUCAGAUUGAGCUCUACGCCUACCACCUGCCAAACUCGUCCUUGAGCAACCUAAUGGACAUCUUUGUGAACCUGUGCACCGUCGACGAUUCCCUGUACUUUAUGUGCAACAUUGAAGACUUCAAGUUCUUGGCCGAGAUGAUACAACAUGUACCGCUCCCUCUGCGAGCCCGUUACGUCUUCUGUUGCGCCCCAAUCAAUCGCAAAAUGCCCUUUGUUUGCUCAAUGUUCCUAAAGGUAGCACGGCAAUAUAGCCGAAACGAGCCCAUUACCUCUGAGUUCAUCAAAAAGAACUGCGGCUGGCCGUUCAAGCUGCCGAAGACCAUAUUGGACUUGGUCCAUCUGGAAGCCGUCUUUGAUGUAAUGGACCUCUAUCUCUGGCUGAGCUAUCGGUUCAUGGAUCUUUUCCCCGAGGCAGCAAACGUUCGAGAGGCCCAGAAGGAACUGGACGAGAUCAUUCAGCAGGGCGUCUUCCAAAUCACUCGCUUGCUUAAGAACACUGAGGCCAGCCAAGACGGAGAGAUUUCAAGCUACGCAAUGCGCCGGGUGACCCACGUCAAAGAGCCUCGUCUUCCCAGCGCCUCGCGAGGACGUCUUACUGAAAGAUUGCUUGCGCAGGGACUGCUGACACCGGGUAUGCUUAGUGAGCUACGCAAGGAAUGGGACGCCCAGCAAGUCGGCAACACAAGCCCAGCCCCAACGGAAAGCCAGGAAUUAGCUGUGGAUAGUGACGACGAGGACAAUUACUCAGGAAGCGGCCGAAAGAUACGGAAAAAACGUAGAAAAUGAACGAGCCGAGGAGUUAGCUGGUAAAAUAAGAAAUAACUAUGUAUAUUACUGGUUUUUUUGUAUAAUAUCGUUUUAUUUUAAAUGGCAAUUAAGUAAUAUUAAAAUUAUUCUUUUGAUAAUCAACAAUGACAAUUUAAUUGUUUAAAUUGAAGAGUAGAAAUAUGUAAUCUGUUUCAGAAAAAAUAAUCACCUUUAUUUGCUUUCAAUUUAUGGAGGGAGAUUCUACUCAGAUUCUGUAAUACUUGACCAUAAUUUGUGGCGAGGCUAACCGCUGUUGUACUCUGUUAAAUUUGGAAAUGUGUAAUACUGAGAUUUACGAUUUCGAUUAGCUGAUUAGUCACUCGGCUGUUUAGCUUGCCUUCCAAAAUGAAGUUUUAGAUUUAGCUUAUAUAUCGCAUUUGUUGUAACAACGAACACACAUUCACUUGAAUUGCGGUUAUAAAAUAUUCGACACCCAAAACAUACAGAUUUUUAAAAGAUAUAAAUACAUUGCAAAAUACAUUCAUAUGGUUGUACAUACAAAUUAAUAUUAAGUUUCUUGCAUGCGCAGGGCAAUAGCUUAAUAGUUCUUGUUUUUUAUGUUUCGAUUUAACUUGAGUUUAAAAAUAAAUUAGUUUAGAUAUUUGUUAAAGCUUUCAAAUUUCUUUUUAUAAGUUAAACUUAUGUAAUUUAUGCCGUUCCAUUCAGAAACAAAAUUUUCUCUUUUGAGAGAGCUUUAAACAUUCCCACCACACCGACCAUGUCGUCGGGUCAUCUAUCAUCUGAGGACCCUUAGUACCUCGCUCAUUGUAGAGCCCAUUUUACCGAUUCCUUUAUCGAAAUAAAGCUCUACUAAAAUCGCUCGUCUGCACUACUCCAAAUUGCAUGCAUAUUUAGUCGCAGUUUUUCUUAUAUUUUUAUCAACUUUGGUUUGCCAACUUAUCUUCGGAUGUUGAAGAUUCCUUUGUGCGUUUGAAUUCUAAGGUACCGAUACUUUCUUCAUCUUUUUCUGAAUAUCAAAACUGGAACAUGCCUGGCUCUUGAUCAAAAUACCAAGAGUUAGUUGUGUCAAGGUAUGUAUAAUGUAUGCAUGACUGUACGUAUUGACUACAAAUGUUCCUAUUUAAUUUCUGUUUUCAUAUUUUUGUAUUAAAAAAGUGCUAGUCUUAACAGACUUUGGGCAGCCUAUGCCGGGCUUAAUAUUUAAAUAUAAGAUGCAGAAAGGUUUAAUUACAAAAAUUCGUCACUCGACCGUAAAUUAGUACAGAUGCACAAAUGUACACAAUAUCUUCAAUAUGUACUUUUUUCCGCC